UUUUACCACAGGCUGCCCGCACGAUUCAAGAACUGUCCAGUGUAUACAUUCCCAUAGCAACCGCUUGUAAAUAUCAAAAUGACGGAGAUAAUGGAGGAAGAAUCUCUCCCGCGCUUUAGAGACUCAGUAAAUGGUAUUCAACAAGACAGUAUUGGUCAUAGCCUUCGCCCAAGGAUAAAGCCGUAUUAUCUGCAUGGUUUUGGCAGCCGGACGAUUGGGGAACCUGGCUGGCGACCACACCCUCAGAAUGCUUUGUCACAUCCAAAUGUCCAGGAAAAUAGUAAAUUUGGUGGAACUGGACAGGACUGGUUUUCCCGCUUACGAUGUGCUCCAACAGUGUCAACCUCAACUAAGAAAUACUCAAUACCUACACAACAGCAAAGUACUGAGAGGGCAGCUACCGUACCAGACUUGAAGCCUGAGUAUCCCUCUCUACAACAUGACCAAGACGUUGUUAUACCAAGUGCCCCGACACAAGCUCACGGUGCAACACCCUGCAGACUAACAGCCACGCCAGACGACACGGGCAGAGUGUGUUACAGGCGACCAGUAGAGUUAACACUCAGUAAAGCUUUGGGAGCCAAGAAAAAAGUUUGGGACUCAAGGAAUGGUAUCCCUGUAGCAUCCCCAGGCGACAACAGCUAUCAAGUUCCAGAAUAUUCCAGGAGUUUCCAUAAAUUCGGCAGCACAAGAUCUGUAGUGUGUUUUGGUGGUAGGUUGGAGUAUGUGCCCGACACGUUUGUCCCGCUGCAAGAUCUCCCGCUUAGGCCCCGCAUGUCAUUCCUAGAGAAAGAAAUACGACAAAGAAAAGUUAACGAGAUUCUAGAGGUUAUUGAUCUUGAUGGUUGGAAGCCUUCACCAAAGCUUGCUCCCUCGCUGCAACUGCCCCUCAUCUCGUCGCACUUUUGAUAAUAGAAUUAGACGUUUCAAAUUUUACCCAUUUCAUUGAUCAGAUUUUCUAAGGCCUCUAAGUGAAUUUUGCAGUCUAGAGGAGAGUUUAGCGUGUUCUAUUUAUUUAUUAAUUCAAUUUUUAGAGUUUAAUAUAUAGAAUCGAUGAAAAUAAUUUUUGUACAUAUUUUUUAUAUAAAAUCUUUGUUCUUUCUGUUGAUUCUUCUUUCUUUUUAACUGUAUUUAUUAUUUUUUAGAAUUGAAUAUAUAGAAUAAUAAACGUUUUGUGCAUAAUUAUUUUUUGUAUAUCUUGAAAAUGUUUUUUAUUCUCUUGUUUCGCAAAAGAGUAGUAAAAACAUCGUUUUACAUGG